AAUAUAUGAAAAGAGUGAGAGAGUUCGGCGAAUUAGGACCCUUCGGCGGCCAAUAUAAAAGAGGAGACACUCCAGACUCAGCAUCAGUUACUUCUUGCUCUUGGUUCUUUCAUAACUCUUGCUAACGCGUCAACAUGAAGGUUGUCCUAGUUUUUCUUGCGGUUGUAGCAGUAACCCUAUCUGCAUACACUAAUAAAUGGGAUAAUAUUGAUGUUGAUAAGAUUCUUGAAAAUAAGCGACUUUUGGAGGGCUACGUUAAGUGUUUAAUGGACAAGGGGAGAUGUACGUCGGAGGGAAAGGAUUUGAAGGAAAAUUUGCCUGACGCCCUUGCUACCAAUUGCGAUAAGUGUACUGCUGCACAGAAAGAAAAGAGUGAAAAGAUCAUCAGAUUCCUUGUAAACCAAAGAAAAGAUUUAUGGGAUCAAUUAGCUGCCAAAUACGACCCCAAGGAUGAAUACCGUCAAAAAUACCAAGAUCAAGCUAAAGCAAAAGGAAUUGAAGUUUAAAUUUUAUUAAAAACUAAUAAAUAAAAUUCAUCAUUAUUCGUCAAUCUUGACGGGAUUUGAAAUAUUAUUAUAAAAUUAUUAUUGUAUACAAUUAUUUAGUUGCUAUUACGUGAUUAUCAUGUACUUAUUAUUUGUUGAAGUGUAUUAAAAAAAUUACUUGUUGAAAA